UCUGCGCCGGCGCGCCGUGCAGCCCCGCCCCUCCUCCUUGCGGCGCUCUAGGGACCAUGGCCGAUCCUCGCGUGAGACAGAUCAAGAUCAAGACAGGCGUGGUGAAGCGAUUGGUCAAAGAAAAAGUGAUGUAUGAGAAAGAAGCAAAGCAGCAAGAAGAAAAGAUUGAAAAAAUGAAGGCUGAAGAUGGUGAGAACUACGCCAUUAAGAAGCAGGCAGAAAUCCUUCAAGAGUCCCGGAUGAUGAUCCCAGAUUGCCAGCGCCGGUUAGAGGCUGCAUAUACCGAUCUUCAGCAGAUACUAGAAAGUGAAAAAGACUUGGAAGAAGCUGAGGAGUAUAAAGAAGCACGUGUAGUUCUGGAUUCAGUGAAGUUAGAAGCCUGAAAUUUUUCUGUACAGGGUGUUUUUUGCAUUAAAUCCUGGGGUCCAUUCUACAAUUUGUUAUUUUUGCCACUGCUGUGUUUAGUAAUAUGAAAAUGUGGUUCUUUUUAUGCAGUUGCAUAUAUUUUUCUUUGCAUAACUUAAUGUGUCAAAUAAAUGAGUUCACCUAAUAAAA